AAAAAAAUUGCUAUCAUCGGUGCCGGCUGCAGUGGUCUAGCUGCACUGAAAUGCUGCCUCGAGGAAGGUCUUGAUCCGGUGUGUCUAGAAAAGGCCUCGGACAUUGGCGGGCUGUGGAACUUCACCGAGGAGCACCGGGAAGGCAGGCCUGGCAUAUACAAGAGUCUCGUCAUCAACACCAGCAAGGAAAUGAUGAUGUUCAGUGACUUCCCACCCCCGGAAGACUUCCCGCCUUUCCUGACCCACCGGAAAGUCUUGGAGUACUUCCGCCUGUACGCGAAGCGCUUCGAUCUGCUGCGGCACAUUCGGUUUGGGUCGGAGGUUACUCUCGUGACCAAGUGCGAGGACUACGAUGCGUCCGGCAGGUGGCGCGUGGAGCACACGUCGAUCAGUGACGGGAAGGUGGUGCAGGCAGCGGAAGUGUUCGAUGGUGUUAUGGUGUGCAAUGGACACCACUCGGUACCUUAUGUGCCAGAGAUACCUGGACUUGACAACUUCAAAGGCCUGGUCAUGCAUUCGCAUUCAUACAAAGACGCCGGAUUGUUUCAUGGAAAACGAGUUGUUAUCCUAGGUAAGGGUUUACCAUUAUAUAUAAUCUCUUGUUUAUAUAUAUAUAUAUAUAACGACCACCCUUAUGAUGUGCCCCAAAUGUUAUAAUCUCCAAGGCUAUGGCACCAGUACGACAGCCAAAUGAUAAGGCCCUAGUAAUAUGGCCGCAAGGAUAAGGCCUCAAAGAUACCACCCCAAAGAUGAGGCACCGAUGAUAUGAACCCCAUUGUGUAAUGUCUAAUAACCAGCGUGUUAAAUAUGUCAAACACAGCGAUCGCCCUACUUAAGCAUUUGUUCCUCUUAACGCAGAUAUUCAUUUGGAAGAGAUUUCAUCAUACCCCCCUCCCCUUUUCCUCCUUUUACGAUUUUAUCUUCUCGACAAAUAAAUGAGGAAAUAUUAUUUAAUAAGUUACACUGACAUCCAAUAAUUACACUGAUACCCAAAAGUUACACUGAUAUCCAAUUUCAUAAAACUAUUUCGUGUCAUGUGAUAUUUUUUCUCCACCUGUCCCUCGGCCAUAAAAUAAAAAUGCUGUCAGAAAGAUCAACUUGAACUCCACUCCAAAAUAAGUCGCAAUCUCUAAUGGUAAAUGUUCAUGCAAAGACAUUGACAGAUUAAGAACACAAAUGUAUGUAAAUAAAACAGUAAUGUUAAGCUCAAAUAAAAUUCCUGACAAAAGUUUAAGUCCAAUAAAAAUAAUUUACGCCAUUCCUGAAGAAAAUGAAAUAGAUGAAAAUAUCUACAGGCUGGGCCAAAAAAAGUGAGAACAUCUCGUAAAAUAUUACGCUACGAAAUGUUCUCAUUUUUAUUGGCCCACUCUGUAUAUUAUUUUCUUUUUUUUUUUAUGUCUGUGUAGUAAUUUAAGAAAACAAACUAGUUAUUACGUUGGUUGGAGUGAAAACCGUAUCAUCUGCUGUAAUUACAAAAAUUAUAUAAAAAUACCUUAAGAUGUCAUAAAUGAUCAUAAAUUGUUUUUAAAAAAAUUUAAUAAAAAAGAAGCUAUUAUUGCCUUCCCAGGGUCCCCCACAUAAUGUCACAUGACAUCAACUGUUUCAUAUUUUCCAGGUUUGGGUAACUCGGCGGCAGACAUCGCCUGCGAUCUCGCUAGAGGGUCAGAACAGGUAAGUAGCUUCCUCCUUUCUUACUCUAAACUUGUCUGAAAUUUAAUCUGGCAUCUAAAUACGUUUUCUUUUUAGAUUCAAUUCAUCAUCAUCAUCUCCAUCAUCAUCAUCAUCACCAUCAUCAUCAUUCAGAUCCAGUGGCCAUUUAGGCAUGUUCCCCUUGGCCUAAUACGAUUUAGAUCAAACACAUAGCUCGAUGUUAAAUGUCUGGAAAAUAAUGUGCUCGUCCUUUACGAAGUCUUACACUCUUACACUCUUUGAAGUAAGAACUUGUCGAUUUGGGUUUUUGGGGGUGGAUGUUCAAGUGUUUGUUGAUUUGUGCACAGUGUUCAUGGCUUGGUCUUCGGAAAGACUUCGUCUUUUAAGGGAUUUUCUAGAGGGGUAUAUGUUUUUUUAAAUUUUUUUCAGUUGCGGAACUUAAUUGUCAUAUCUCGUAACAAAUCUAUGCCGAGUUUUUUUUUUUUUUUUUUUUUUAAAUGAAACUUUAUACAGUUUUUUUAUAGUUUUUUUUUUUUUUUUUUUUUAAAGGGAACUUUAAACAGUUUUUUUAAAUAAAACUCCGAGGGUACAUAUAAUCAAUAAAACCUCAUUUAGUUAUUAAAGGAAAAAAAAAGCAGCUGAAAAUAUUAUUAGAAUUAGGGGUCUUUUUUUUUUUUUUUUUUUUUUUUAAAUGGAACUUUAUACAGUUUUUUUAAAUCAAACUACGAGUGUACAUAUAAUCAAUAAAAUCUCAUUUAGUUAUGUAAGGAAAAAAAUAGCAGCUGAAAAUAUUAUUAGCAUUAUGUGUCUUUCUUUUUUUUUCUUUUUUUUUUAUAAAUUUUUAAAUUGAGUAAUAAGGGGAAAAACCACUCCGCAUUACAAUGCAGAGUAUUGUAAGGGUUAUAUCAUCUCUUCACAUGAGAGUUGAUUUUUUUUUUAGUUCAUAAUAAAACUAUUUACUACCAGUUGAUAAAAAAUGUAAAAUAUUUUUUUUUUUAAAUUGACGAGAAUGGGAGAUCUACCCCCCUCUCCCCGCACAUUUUCACUCCCUCCUCUGAAAACUGGAUUAAGAUUUGUGGUCUGUCCAAGCUUUGUACCAAACUUCAUCCAUCCCUGUGGCGCUACAGCCCAUAUAGGGUUUUGGCCUGCCUCACCAAAUCCUUUAAACGGAUGCUUUUCUCACUGAUGCUCGGAUUUUCCAGCUGGUGUAGAUCUUUUUCCAAAUCAUCCAUCCAUCUAAGCCUAGGUCUGCUUUUGGGUCGUUUUCCUCAGGGGGUUUUGGUGGUGCAACCUGUUCCCUCAUCUGCCAUUUGGCAUUCUUUCUAAAUAUCCUACCCAGCGUAGCCUGCCCUCUUUUAUUUCUGAUACCAGCGUGGGGUCCCGAUAUUGACUAUACAAAUUCCUGUUUGGUUUAUACUCUCAAUCCAUAUUCAUCUUUUGUUGGUCCGUUUAUUUUUUCUGGAGAACUCCAAUGGGUUUAAUAGGAUAUCUGCCGUUUUUGUUAGGGUAGCAAACUUUAGGUCUCGAGAAUAAGCGGAAUCAAUGGGAGUUUUAGCUCAAUGAUGUCUUGGAUUAUAAAAGAGCAACUUUGAAACAACGCUGAAGUCGUGUGUAAUUGAAGUUUUUUUUGUUGAAUUAAUAAAGCAUUUUUCCCCAAUCGUUAAAAGACUUCAUGUGUAUUCAUAUAUUAUCAUUGGUUGGGAAUCAUUGUCAAGUCGUCCUCCUUCCAUUUUGCUGGCACAUCAUACAGGUGUAUCUGAGCUCACGAAGGGGAGCAUGGAUCGUCCCACGGACCGCCUUCUGGGGUCUCCCGGCGGACAUGCUGGCCAACAGCAGGGUUGUGUUUAGUCUGCCCCUCAGGUUACUGGACUGGUGCGUUCAGAUACAGGCCAACUUCAGGAUUGAUCAUGACACCUACGGUCUCAGGCCUAAGCAUGGGUGAGUUCAUUUUUUAGGUGCACAUUAUGGACGUGAUGAUGACAUCAUGUGUAAAUCUCAUCUUAUGAACAAACAAACGUUACUUAUUUUUUUUGUUUUAAAAUGAACAACAAUUUUGUCGUCUAAUUAUUGAGGCACCACCUGCACACUUUUCAUUCGCACCCGAACAAGCCUCCAGGAGACAUUUAAAGAAAACUAUGUUUGUUUAUUUUAAUACAGUUACCAGGAAAUCUAUUUACGGGGCCCACAAACACUAUUGGCAUACAUUCAAAACACUGUGGCAAGAAAUAAUUUAAACACAAACUUUGAGUGACCACUCGUUGUACCCGAACGUUACAAAUAAGAAUUGUCAAAUUAUGUCAUUUUUCACAAAGAACAAUGUAAAAUUACCAUUUGUUGUACCCGAAUUUUUUAAUUUUUUUUUUAUAUUUAAAUUUCAACAAAAAUGUAAUAUAUAAAGGUAUUUUUAUCAUUAAAAGAUAAAAAAUAAUUGACUUCAUCUUGCAUUCAUGUGCGCUUAAUUCAAGCCAUUAGAAUACAAGAGAGUCUGUCAUUCCUGAGACCGAAAAACGUCCCAUCGAAUUACGUAAUGUUACUAAUUUUUUUUUUUAAAAUUCGUAAAACAUGACUUCUAACAAUGUAUCUCCGCAUAUAUAAUGUAUCUCCGCAUAUAUAAUGUAUCUCCGCAUAUAUAAUAUAUCUCCGCAUAUAUAAUGUAUCUCCGCAUAUAUAAUGUAUCUCCGCAUAUAUAAUAUAUCUCCGCAUAUAUAAUGUAUCUCCGCAUAUAUAAUGUAUCUCCGCAUAUAUAAUGUAUCUCCGCAUAUAUAAUAUAUCUCCGCAUAUAUAAUGUAUCUCCGCAUAUAUAAUGUAUCUCCGCAUAUAUAAUGUAUCUCCGCAUAUAUAAUGUAUCUCCGCAUAUAUAAUAGAUGCAACAAUGUGUUUGUAAAAUCUAUCGUAAAAUAAAGUUGUAUACAACGUUUCCGUUUAGGUCAUGGCUUCAUUAACUUUAAAGUACCGAACAGCUGUUGUGAGAUUGGCCAAACAGAAUACCAGGAUGUUUUUUUUUUUUUUUAAAUUUAUGAAAUUGGCCUAAUUGACAGUACACCCGGAUGUUCUGUUAACGGAACUACGCUAUUCAAUAACAAACCCUACUGUCCGUACACACUCAUUAACGGUUUACUCAUUUGAACCCUCAGCGUGCUGAACUGCCACCCCACCAUCAACGACGAGCUCCCCAUCCACCUGGUAUCUGGACGGGUGCUGACCAGGUCCAAGAUCUCCCGAGUCGAGGAGUCCGGAGUUUGGUUCCACGAUGACAAUGUAUUCUGCCCGUGUGACGCAAUCAUCCUGGCCACUGGCUACGACUACAGGGUGGACUUUGUGGCGCCAGACGCCGUGCAGGUCAGUGACCGCCCUCCGUUCUAACGCCUUCGACUUGCACUUUUUUAUCAUGUAGUUAUAGCGAAAGAAAGGUCCAGAUCUGUCUGUGCGGCUUUGAGAGAACUAUUGUUCUAAUAAAAAAAUUCAAUGUAUUACAAUUCAUUAUUAUUAAUUUGUUCAUUAUUAACAUUUUCUAUUUAAUUUAUAAUUUUAAGUGGUGCUAGGAGUGAUCAUUAUUAUUAACUAACUGUGUUCCUAAAAUUCUUAAAUAUCAUUGUUUAUUAUGUUUUUUGUUCCUUAGUUUCCUUUGGCUUUAGUUAUUGUUUUGUUUAGCCCUUGUUUUUUUUUUUUUUUUUUUUUGGGGGGGGGGGUGCUUUUUUUUAUUAUUGAUUGCGAAAUAUAAACGAUUUAUCUUAGAGAAUGCUCGCCUCUCUUAGACUGAGGGAGUGGAUCUCAGUGCAGGAGAAGCAUGAAGCAUUUCCCUUACAUUUUUUUGUUUUUUUUUGUCUUUUUUUUUUUUUUUUUUUUUUUUUUGGGGGGGGGGAUGCUUUUUUUUAUUAUUGAUUGCGAAAUAUAAACGAUUUAUCUUAGAGAAUGCUCGCCUCUCUUAGACUGAGGGAGUGGAUCUCAGUGCAGGAGAAGCAUGAAGCAUUUCCCUUACAUUUCUCAUAUUAUGUACCAAGGUGGUCAACAAUCGUACAAGGCUUUACAAGUAUGUUUUCCCACCUCACCUUUCCCACCCCACCCUGGCCAUGAUUGGACUGAUCCAAGCUAUCGGCGCUGUUAUGCCUAUUGCUGAGAUGCAGUGCAGAUGGUAUACAAAACUUGUCAAGGGUAAAUAUACAUUUAAUUAAAAUUAGUGCCGAUACUAAUUUAAAUAUAUGGCUUUUGUCGAUUUUGGUCCCAGCCGCCGAUGUUCUUCUUCUUCUUCUAUAUAUUAAGGGCCCACGAUCAAUUUAUUGAUCAUUUUGGCCCCUAUGCAUGUAGAGGAGAAUUGCAAUGUUUCUGUGCCUGGUGUUGAUGAGGAUAUUUCACUGAUUGCCAGUGCCACUUAGUGAGGGUAUCAUGCACUGGGGUUUGGAAGGCCUGAGGCAAAAGACGCAAAUGUGUCUAGUGUUGUCGCCUCAACUGUUCCUUUUGAAAGCGUGUUCCAGUCCCUGAUUGUUUUGGGCAGGAAUGAGCAGUUCCUAUACUGGCUUCUUCCUGGUGUGAGCCGGAAUUGCCUGUCAUUGCCUCGUCGCUUCUAUGGGGGGGGGGGGAGAGGGACGAGUUUCUGUUUAAUUCUGCAUGGAACAGUGGACCAGCCCAUUAUUUAUUGUGUACAUCAUGGAGAGCCUGGAUUGCCAACACUUGAGGCUGUCCCCUUACCCUCUUCCCUUACAGCGGCCCUGGUUCCUUAGUCAAAUUAUUGGAGCUCCCUUUUAAUUAAAAGAAGUGUGUGUCUUAACCCUAAACUUAGGUAUGCAAGCAACUUUUCAGAGUAUACAAUAGGAUUCUCGGGCUCACAGAUAAAGUAACACCGAAUACCAUCUUCUAAAAUCAUAUUUGUUUUGUACAUUUUUUUAUUUUUUUUUGCCGGUGUUAAAAUUUUGUAAUGAAAUUUAUCAAAUCAACGCUACGAUGGCACAUUAUUUUGUUUUUACUUUAAGGCGCACUUUUUAACGUUUCAGGUGAAAGACAGCUGCCCAGCAGGAGAAUGAUGGAAGAUGAUAUAAGUAAAAAGGAGGACUCGAUGAAAAAAUUGUAUCUAGGUUCAAGGAGGCACACCUUGCAGGUUGGUUUAUUUGCACCUCCAAAAGAAAAAUUAAAUGUAUGACGAAUGAAUGUCGUGCAGGAUAAGCAUGUUUUAUUUGACAGGUGAAGUUGUUACACGUUGCACUUGAAAUGGUACAUACAAAUCCCAUGCUAAGUCUGGUAAAAUGACAUACUCCUAGAAGACCCUACGUUGCAAAAUGUACCUUUAUGGUUAGUUGUAUAAGGAAGUAAGCGAUUUUUUUCUUGAUAUGAUUUUGUAAAGAGGCGGCCUGUCCAAUUUCCAGGAACCGUUUCUAUAAAAUCAGUAUUUAUGGGGAAAAAAAAGAGUUUGAACUUAAAUCUAAUUAUUUUAGGAUAAUUCAUCUACCGCGUUUCUAAUCUUUGAUUAUUUUCAAAACAAAACAGCUCACGCCCCAUGGGUGCAAACAGGUAGGAUGCCAUCAUUGGUCAUGUGCCUCAGAAACCAUAGAUUAACAUGGAAUAUAAAUAAUCACAACCGAUGUCAUCGAAGCACUUGAGCUUUACGUUAUGAUUAUGUACGGCAAACAUCUAGAGGCUAACAACCUUUUUUUUCCGAAGGAGAUCAUUAUCUUUUAACUGUACCAACGCGAUGUCAGGGUGACACGGUCAUGGGGCUCUUGUUAAUCCUGGCAGGGCAGGGGUCGAUCACAAAUUAGGUCACGCCAAAACCCCGGUACAAUGAUUUCAUCAGUCGUGCGAAUAUUGUUCAUGGAGAACGUUCUGUUUUUAAAAAAUUGAUAAUGUCUUAUAAUAAACUGCUGCGAACUUGAACUAUUUUAAAAACAAACCAAUCGUUGUUUUGAGGCAUGACUUUAAUUCCAUCAAUUAGCUUGCACAGUUUUGAUUACACGAAUUAUAUUUGACUGUAACAUUUGUGGACAUGGGUAAAUUAUUCUUUGAUUAAAUAUGAAAAUCGGUAGUGAUUCUAAUUCAAUUUAAAUUUUUAUUUAAGAAAAGCCGCCAAUAGGCUUAAUUGAGAGAUUGUUUUGUGCCAAAGCUUGGUCUGAACCCUGGACAAAAAAUACGCCUAUAAAUUCUCUGUUUAUCCAGACAUUCUGGAUCGCCUAUAUGGAUGAAGUGGCCUCGCAGAUAGGAGCGCGUCCCAACCUAUGGAAGAUAGUUUGCACUGAUCCAGAGUUGGCUCUCAAGUGCUACCUGGGACCCUGCUUGCCUGCUCAAGUAAGAUACUACACUUUGCUAUUGAAAUAAAAAAAUAAAAAUUGAGCAAAAUGCCACUAAUUUGCAGUUGAUGGAUGAAGAAAAAAAUGUGUACUCUUAUCGCAGAAUAACAUAUCGAUCAUGUAUUGUUUUCCAGUACCGCCUCGUUGGACCUGGGACCUGGAAGGAUGCGCGGACCUUCAUCGUCAACGCCUUCGCGCGGGCGACAAGAUCAAGAAGUUCAAGGCUCUGCAAGCGGAGCUCCAGCACGACUAUUUCAGCAAUACACGGUGACGCCGGUCCACAGGAAUACUGUGCCGGAUCUAUCAACACAAUGGUAGCGCUCAACAACACGGGCAUCAAGACCGCGGGCACGGUUCUCACAGGGCACACUUCACGAAGACACCGCCGAAGACUGCUCUCCCCCGAGUGGGCAACCAUGUCUUUCUACGUCAUCAUUCUCCUGGCGUGUUGUUUGGUGUGGGUCAUGGGGGUCAUGUUAGACCAGGCCGGGUUCAGAAUGAGUUACGUCAAAACUGUCACGGGGACACGGUCAUGGGGUUCUUGUUAAUCCUGGCAGGGGCAUCAUUUAUGUGUUAGGGGUCGCUCGCAAAUUACGUCACGCAAAUAAAUGACCUUUUUAGACCCCCCACUCCCCUCCGUCACAAAGUGUCACAAAUUCUUUACCCCCUCCCCUUUAAUGUCACGUCACACCUAAAAAAAAUCUAAACAUACAUCAAAUUUUCAUGACUAAAAUAAGAUUUGAUUUUAUUCUUCAACAUUUUCCCAUAAUGGAUUAAGAUGAAGUAUUAUUAGAAAACUGGGACGCGAAACAACGAAGUCAUCCAAAAGCCGAAUGUAAAAUGGCCGAAACAGUUUUUGCGUCAUUUUUCGAUAUGCGCACAAGGUGUGCGCGACUGAGUUUCACGGUAAUACAUACGGGAAUUUCGACCUCUUAUUGAUGUUUUUUAAAAUUAAUUGAAUAAUGAUUUUUCAAAAUUAUAAAAUUUUAGAUUUUUUUUUUAAAUUAAAAAAUCGUGACGUCUCAAAUUUUUUACCUUCCCUCCUCCUGUCAUAAAGUGUCAUAAAUUCUCGACCCCCCUCCCCCUCCCUUGAGCUUGUCGUUAUUUGCGAACGACCCCUUAGGGCAAAACUAUAAUAGGGACUCAGAUUAGAUGCAAUCUAUAUGAUGUAGAAGUUGACGGAAAUGAAAACAAGUUGAUUCAAUGAAAUUGAAUAUAAAUUUUAGGCCUUUUUAGAGAUCAGUCGUAAAUAUUAUCUACCAUUUUAACAUUAUCUACUAUUUUCAAGAGUCCUGAUAGUGCUACGCAUUUACUGUAAAUGGAUAUGUAUAUAAAUGUAUAUAUUAAAUUAAA